UAUGCACCCCUCCAAGUAGAAUGAAAUCAUCCAAGAUCCCUUGAUGAGGAAUCCAUCAUUGAUUGCCUAUCAAAGCAAGCGUAAACUCAGGAGCAUUACCCCCCGAAAGUCUCGCGUAGAACUUAACUAGGUUCGAUCGGUCCGGAGUCCAGCUUGCUAUUCGCAUACUUUUGACUGAGCUGGUGGUCAUGGCGGGCAGAAAUCUAGGCAAACUUGUCCUACGAAAUUCGUCGCUUUUCCUGUGUGACAUGCAGGAAAAAUUUCGACCUACGAUUAAGUAUUUUCCAGAGAUCGUGGAGGUCUCAUCAAGACUGUUUCGAGCGGCUAGAAUACUUGAUAUUCCCGUGAUUGUGACAGAACAAUAUCCGAAAGGUCUUGGACCAACUGUUAAGGAGCUUGGUAUCGACCGUGAUGAGGUUGAUAUUUAUCCCAAGACAUGCUUCACGAUGGUUCUACCUGAAGUAGAAGAAAAACUCAAGAAAAAUGAAACCAAGUCUGUAGUUCUCUGUGGAAUCGAGACACAGGUCUGUGUCCAGCAAACGACCCUUGACCUUUUAGCCAAAGGUUAUGAAGUUCAUGUCAUUGCCGAUGCUUGCUCUUCAAGGUCUCUGGUGGAUAGGAUGUAUGCCAUUGAAAGGCUGCGGAACUGUGGAGCUUUCAUCACUACCAGCGAGUCCAUCAUCCUCGAAAUGGUCAAGGACGCUGCUCAUCCAAACUUCAAAGAGAUCCAGAAGCUCAUCGCCACAUCUGCUCCAGAUUCGGGCCUCCUAAGCUGAACGGGUCAAACUGAGUAGCCCAGUAUAAUCUUGGUGGAAGCUGCAGUUUGAUUGUCUCUUAGUUUCCAUCCUAUUAUACGUCUUAUGCAGGAGACUAAGAAAAGUGGCUGCGAAGCUUUCACCUCGCAGCCAUUUCUUGUAGUCUUCCGCAUCAGACAUAAUGUUUAUAAAA